AUGUACACUUCGACUAUUCGCAAAACCCAGAAAAAUCCCCAUUCAGAAGCCUCACCUUUGUCCAUGACCCGCUUCCGAGAUCAUGAACCUAAACGUAAUUACUAUAUAUACAAUCCCACUACCAAGCAGUUCACCAUUCUUCCGAAACCACGACGUGGGACAGGGGUUUCAAGAAUUAUUCAUGGUGUAAGCCUAGCUCUUGACCCUUACAAAUCAACUCACUAUAAAGCUUUUUGUGUUUAUUUCUCUGAGAGAUUGCCUGAACAUUAUGAAAUUCAAGUAUAUUCAUCUGAUCCAUUCAUUGCAGAAGUUAACUUUAAUCUUGGGGUUUUCUGGAAUGGUGCGAUUAAUUGGGUCAGUUCCUGGGGCGAUUCUUUAUAUUUCAAUGUUGAUGAAGAGCAUCUUGGUACAAUGCCAAUGCCUCCAAUGCCCGAUGGUUGGGAGGAGAGGAGGCUUAGAUACUUCGGAGAAUAUAGUGACCAUCUUCAUCUUAUUGAGAUCUAUGGUCCUCGUACUACACAUUUCAGUGUCUAUGAGAUGGCCAAAGAUUACUCUGGGUGGUCUGUGAAGUACCUUGUCGAUCUUGACCCAGUUAUGGACGCAUUUCCAGAGUCCAUUUGUACCUAUCUUGACCCAUCAGGCUUGCAUUAUUACAAAUUUCUUAUACUCACUGUUAUUCGAAGGGAUGAUGAUGAUGAGUCAUUUCUAGUGUUGAACAUACCUGGUGAGGCCAUUCGUUACAAUUUCAAGGACAGGACUUUCAAGAAGCUAAUGUGGUCUGACUCUGCCCUGAUGUUCGGAUGGUAUGCUGCCUUUCACUACAUCGAGUCUCUCUCUAAUGCUUGA